GGAGCUGCUAGAGCGGUGCAGCGGAGCACGUGGCCUUGACGUCCUCGUGGUCGGCAGGGGAGCCGAGGCAGUGAGCAUGGCAUCUGCUGUGUUGCUGCUGCUCGACAGCGUACACGGUAGCGGCGGCUCCCGCGUGUGCAUCCUGGACAACAUUCCACCGGCGGUUCGGGCGCCCGCACAUCUGUUGAGGUCACAAAGGGACCUGCUCUCCUCCGCCCGGCGUCGUGCGCUGGCUGCCUCGCUGCAGCCGCACUACACCGCGCCGCAGCCCGGGCCGCUGGGCAAGGCGCUGCGGGCGCCCGCCAAGCGCCGCUUCUGGGCGCUCGUCAAGGACAAGCUCACGUUGGGGCGUGGAGGUGGAAGCAGUGGCAGUAGCAGCGGUGGUGCGGGGGAGCACUUGGUGCUGUGGGCGCCCAGCCUGCAUGACCCCCGCUUCAUGCCAUUCCUGAGCACGCCACUACGCCAGGCACUGCUGGGCGGUGCGGAUGGGGCCGAGGGAGAUGGCGACAUGGUUCUGUACCGUGGCAUGGUUCACCCGGAUGUGCCUGGCCUGGCGUUGAUGGGCCUGGAGGCUCACGCCGGCAGUAGCCUGCUGCUGCUGGAGCUGCAGGCGCAGUGGCUGGCGGCGCACCUUGCUGGUCGGCUGGCACUGCCGCCGGCCGCCGCCAUGCGCGCUGACGUGGCGGCCCAGCGUGUGUGGCGGUCAGGGGCGCUGGCGCACCCUCUCAUGUCGGUGGGCGGCUCGCUGGCCAGGAGGCACGAGCAGUACUACCUGGAGCAGCUGAGGCAGGACCUGAAAGCCACCAUGUCAGACCACGAGUCCUCUGCGCCCCAGGGCGCCGGGAGGCAUGACAGGACGCAGGCUGCUGAAGACCGAAGUAGCAGCAUUCAACGUUUGCCGGCUGCCGCAAGCAGCAUCCGGCGGGGUCCACAGCGGCGCAUCACACCGAGCCGCUUGUCACUGACGCUUGAGCGGCCGCCUGUCACUGCAAGCAGCGACGCAGCUCCUGACACUGCGGCUGCGGCUGCGGUGGAUGACGCAUCAGCCAGCAGCCGAGGCACCCGUAGGCCGCUCGCACGGCGCCUCUCGCAGCUUUACUUUGCAGCUGCCACGGCUGCAGCGGCAGGUGUGGCCAGCGCUACUGGCAAGCAACCGCUGUCAGCAGCACCCGCGUCAACAGCCGGCCUCAGCUGCACUAGCCACAUCUCGGCCGCACGCGAUGGAGCGGGUGUCGCCCAAAGCGGCCAGCGAGCUAGCGGGCACGCCGGUAGUAAAGCCACCUCGGCCCGCUCGCUGAGCUCCGCGGCGGCCUUGACUACAGCCGCUGCUGCUGCUGACAGCGGACCCGCCGGAUACCUAGUGGUGCGGGGGCCCGGCGUCGGAAGCGGCGGCGGCGGUGACGCCGCUGGCUUACAGCGCACCGCCAGCAGUGCUAGCACUCGAACUUCCCGGGCUGGAGCCGCUGAUGCCCUGCUUCCCUUCAGGGUCGGCAUAGCAGGGUUUGGCAGGCAAGGCUCCAGCUCCGCCGGCUCCGCGGCUGGAGCGACUGGCAUGGCUGCCGCUGCGGCAGCUGUGCUAGGGACGUCCCGCCGUUAUGGGUCGUCCUCGUGGGCCUUGCCGCAGCAUGCGUACGGGGAGUCGGGCGCGGCGACACGUGCACUCCAUGCUUGCCAGCUGGCCGCAUGGACAGCGGCAUCGGCUCCGCCAUCGCCGCAAUUCUUGCCCCGCGUCAGCCACGAGGCUCCUCGGAAUAACACUGGCCUGAUUGACAGCCCGAGCAUGAAGGAGCUCAGCCCACAGCAGGGUGGAAGCAGGAGAGCAGCAGCUGCCGCAGACAUUACAGCUCUCCCCGCCGCUGCGACACACGCCGCGCGUGUCUGGAAUCGACAUAGUUACGACCCAGCUCUGGCGUAUGCUGCCGCUUCCCCUACAGACCCUGCCACUGGGUCAUCUACUGCUGUCUCAGCUACGGGCCCCCUAGCAGGCACCGUCGAGGCUGCGAGCCUGCCGCUGGCGCAGCGUGACGGUGGGAUGGCCAUGCAAUCAGCAGGCGGUGCGCGGUGGGCCCAGUCCGCACUCAGCAGCAAUACGAUGCCGCUGGCGGGGGCAACGAGCCCGCUCGUGGGCAGCGGGCAGGGCAGCAGGCAGAAGUCACAGACCAUCGCGGGAGAUGGGAGCUACCAGCAGCCGCCACCGGCAGCAGCCCUAGCGGCACAGCAGCGCCAGAGCUUCACUCGGUAUGAGGCGGCGGCUGUAGGCUACGCCGGCGGCCUGGCUAGCGCGGGAAGCGGCACCAGCCAAAUCAGCAGCAACAGCGCGCUAGGCUUGAGCACGUAUCGUGGUAGCGGCGGCAGCGCAGCGGGGGCGGCACGGCCCCCGCAAGCACUUCACGCGGCACACAGCUGUGCAAGCCCGCCGCUCAUGCCAUCCACGACGGCGCUGCACUCGGCGGCGGUAGCCGCGCGAAUGCAUAACCAGGGCUCGGCCGCGCUUGCUGGCAGGCGCUUGCCUGACGCGUCGGACCGUGUGUCCGCGCCGGACCUCGCGGCAGCGGCCACCGCAUCCGCCGCCGCAAGCCGCCGUGCCCUAUACCUCGGUGGCAGCCGCGGCGGCAGCGGCACCGCAGCGUUCAUGUAUUCAUACAAUCCGCAGUUGCAGCAGCAGGCGCAACAGACGCAGCCCUCCUCGCAGCGCUUCAGUAGUGCUGCAACAGGAAACGGCCAGUCCUCCCCAGGCGCGACGACAGGUGGCAUGGCACAGCGUCAGCGCGGAUUGUCAGGGCAGGCUUCCCUUAGCGGUGGUGCUCUGGCCUCUCCACUCAGCAGUGGCCUUAUGGGUGCGCAUGGGCGGAUUGCCAGCGGCAGAGGGGGCAACAUGAGCCCACUAGCGUCCAGCGUUGGCGGCGGCGCGGUACCAGCACCACCAGCAACAGCAGCUGUGGUUAGCUCGGGAUGUGCACCCGAGUCUUUGCCGCUACAGUUGCAGCUGCGCCUGGCGGCUGCGGCUGCAGGGCUGCCACCGGCCGUGCCCACCGCCGCGUCUGGUGCCGCUGCUGUCGACCGUGUCGGUGUGUUUACGAGCGCGGCUGCAACGGCAUUUGGGGAUGGCGGCGGUGCCAUCGGCAGCGCCACCAGCACGCCCACAUCGGCGUCAGCGCUGAGCUCUGGCGCGCGCGGUCUGGCCUUACUGGGCCUCACGCCGUUGGCGACGGUUGCCUCCGUUUCUGCACUUGCGGCAGUGGUAGGGUCGGCCGGCGGGCCCACAGGCAGCGGCGCGUCCCGCCGCAGGCUGCGCGGCUGCAGCGCCUCGCCGGUUAGCCUAGCCGCAGCCAGCCCGAGGAGCGCCAGUGGUGGCGUGGGCGGCAGCAGCAUGCACAGAGGCGGAGGCGGAGGCGGAGGCGAAGUGAGUGGCGGGCAGUUCGCCAGCAACCCCCAUGAGUCGUUCAUGGCUAUGAUCGAGGAGGCGUCUGCGCCCCUUCGCGCCAUGGCCCUCGCAUCCGGUCUAGACCUGCGCACACUGAUGGAAGUCACCGGUACGGGCGUAGCAGGUGGCAAUGGCGGAAUCGCAGAUAGCAGGGGCGGCGGCAACAGUAAUGUCGGCAAAAGCAACACCACCUUUACUGGUAGCGCUGCCGCCGCCGCCGUCGCCGCUACCGCAGUCAUGGCGCCCGCUCUGGCACCUUCUCUUUCUGCAACUUGGACGGCCUUCGAACGCCGCUCAUCUGUGCUAUCAGGAACUUCCUACAUGAUCAUUGGUGAUGGCAAUGAAGACGAGCGCAGGAGCGAGGGUUGCCAUGGCGCAGGAUUUCGUGCGAGGACCACAGCGUCCGCGUCUGCAGCGCCACCCAGGAACAGCGCCGGCGGCGGGCGUGACGUAGGGGCGCUGCACCAGUCGGCCAAGAGUGGCGGGUUGCGAUCCGCGGGAGCAAGGUCCAGCACGGCUAGCGCGGCUGCAUACGGCGGCGCUGGCGGGUUCUCGUCGUCCGGAGCCUGUCGCACGCCCAGCGGCACCGGCGGUGGCAGCGGCGGCAGCGGCAGCAGCAGCGGCUUUAUCGGAGGCUCGACGUCCCGAGAGGGCUUCUCGUGGCGCUUCGUGCCGUCGCACUCGGUGCCGUCCUCGCCCCGGCACUCUUUGGCGCUUCCCACGCUGCUGGAGCACCAGGAUGACUCAUCGGAGCUUCCCGAGGCGCCACUUACGUUUUGGACCUCCUCUUGCACGACCACGGUGAGCCCAGAUGGCGUGCCCGCAGGAGCGGCUGCUGAGGCGCCACGACACGGCGGCCGAGCCGCGGCUGAGCAACAAGCUCUAGCCACGAUUCACAGCCAAGUGGCGGGUCCGCCGGCCCAUAGCCCGCAACCCGCCCACCAGCAGCAGGGCCAGGCUCAACCGCCACAACGGGGCCAGCACCACCACUACAGCUUCAUGCACGCGGGCGGCAGCGCCGCUGCAGCAGCGCUGCAGCAUCUUAUGCAGCCGCGACGGCCGCAGGCGAUGCCGCCACCCGCGCUGAUGCCCCGCAGCGAUGCCGGCACUGCCCCCGCGAUACUUUCAGGAAUGCAUGGUGACCUUCCGCGGGGCGGUGCUAACAACGGUAGCAAUGGCGACGACAGCAAUGACACCUUCGCGGCUGCGAUGCGCCAGCACGCGCGUGUUGCUACUGCCAGCGGCAGACCUGCUGCAGCCGCGGGUGCGUUGCUGCAACCGGCGCCAUCCAGGCUAUACAGCGAUUUUGGGCCCGCUCGCACAGUAGGCGACAACAGCAGUAGCAGCUUUGGCGCGGGCGGCGGCAUCAGCAACCUUGGUGCUGAGUCGGUGGUGUGCUGGGAGGCCUUUCGUGAGCAGGCCAAGACCAGCCUGGCCGCACCAGGGGCCGGCAGCGGGGAGGUUACACUUCGUACAGCAGCUGGAGUAAGCAAACACGAUGACGCCAAGGUGGGGAGGGGCAAGACUGCAGCCGAGGGCGACAAGAGGAAAGGAAAGGCACGCCGCGGCGGCUGGUGAGGAAUGCUGAACCAAUGAACUGGGCCGGGGCAUUUAGGUGGCCCUGUCAUUGCAUACUUUUGGGUAUACUAGCUGUGCCAAGAGCCUGUGAACAACCGAGAUCUAAGGGGCGAGAGAGGAUGCCAGGAGCGCAUAACAAUUACCGAACGCAACAGCACAGCAUCGUGUACACACUCGUCAGAGGCUCAAACUUCUCGUAAAGGACUGGCGUGCGCAAGGGUGAAGGGGAUGGGAUAUGCAUGGUGGCUGUGCACCGAUCACGGCUGCUGAGCGCACCUACAGGUUAAAUGGUGAGCGAGAGAUUGUCUUAAUACCUGAUAUUUUUUAUGAGCUUAUUUGCGUGCUGAAUGCGCGUUGGCUUUCGUAUGACUGACACAGCCGCAUGACGGCACGGCCAAAACCAGGGGCUCACAGGAAAUUUUGCUUGCGAGAGGUGGCGAGGUGUUCAUUAACGCGGUUGGGGCACUGCGGGGCACGCGUGGAGCGCGCACCCUCCGUCCAUGGAUCAACGUUCGGUCCGUGGAUGGUCGGGUGACACGAACCCAACUUGCACAGGGUUGAGCUGUCAUGUCAGUUUCAUGUCAUUAUAAUUCUUUGGUCUAGGCCUUCGUGAAUACUUGUUGCGUUGGGAUGCCUCGACUAUACUCGGUAGUCGAGUGACUCAAGCGAGCGAAUAAAAAUCUUCACGUGGGUGUGAGUUUGCUGACUUUCAUGCUUUCAAUGUGUCUGUGAUACUACAUAUAGAAGGCGAACUUUGUUUCAAAGGGGAGGUUAUGCCGUAAGUUGUUCUUGGGGGCGUUGGAAGUCCGCCGAAGGGCCGCAAAGCUGCAGCACGGAUCAAACCCAAGAGACUCGAGUUAUCAACUCACUAAGUCAGUACCUGUAACAAUCAAGCGUA